CUCCGCCACAUCUUUCAGCCAUCCAUCCAUUUGUCUUUUUCUCUCUUUCGACCACCUUCUCCCCUUCUCACCACCACGCAAUCAAGUGAAGGCACAGGGAUGCGAUGGCGUCCUUUUGUCUCUCGCUCAGCUCUCAAUAGUAGUCGUAGUAGUCGCCUUCGUCCUCCUCGGUUUCAUCCUCCCCUCCCUCAGGGGCGACAGCGGGUCGAACCGCGGACAGUGGCGGCAUGACAUGAGGGGCGACAGCGGGUCGAACCGCGGUCAUUCCCGGAAUGGCAAUCCCACCUUUGGGGGGUGGUCGGUGCGGCGCUGCUGCUGGUUGACGCGUCUCGACAGCCUUCUUUUUGGUCUCGACGGCCUUCUGUGUGGUUUUCUUGGCUUUGGGCUUCUCCUCGGGCGGCUGUUUCUGUGUCUUGGGUGUGUCUUGGGGGCCCAGGUACUUGGUCAGCACGUACAGAAUCUUGGGCACACUCGUGUAUCUGCACACAUACAGAGAGAGAGAGAGAGAGAUAUCUAUUGGUCAUGUCGACGCAGGGCAAACAAAGCAGACACCCUUUUGACCGACUGAUUGACUAAGUUCUCACACACUUGAUCUCGGCGAUGUUUCCCGGGACGGCCUUCUUGGGUGUGCGGCCGACCGCUUCGAAGGCGUCUUGGAAGUGCUUGACGUCUUCGGCGGACGUCAGGGGGCGGCAGCGGAUGUGUCCCAUCUCUUUCCGCAGCUCCGUGGUGCAGGGGGGGCACUUCCUGACGUCAGUGCACUUGGCUCCGGAGUCCGGAUGCCGGGCGACCUUCGCAGCCAUGUGCAUGCACUGACACAGAGCGUGCAGAGAGAGAGACACCGAAAAUGGCGCGUGCGUGAGUGAGUGCCGCCUCUCUGCCUUGCCCACAGCUGACUGUCACACUCAUUGUUGUGAGUCACCCUUCCGGCUGUCCAGCAGCUGUUGACGCCUUGCUUGGUUUUGGCGGCCGCCCCCUUGCCCUUGGCCGCUUCAACGAGCUUCAGUGAGUAAAAGUAGCUGUAGUCGCUGUUGAAGAGCGUCUUGCACAUGACCCUGCAGUCCUUUUUCUUGAACGAGCUGCCGACUCCCGUCCGCGGCGCUUUGCCCUCUUGAACGGGCCUGAAGGUUGGGACCAUGAUGCAGUGGCGAUCUUCCAGGGGCACGGUUUUGAUGGGCGCCUGAAAGUCCUUGUCGCCGCCCUUGACUCUCUUUUCUUUUGCGUCUACGCACACACAACACCUGGUAGAAACACACGCAUACACCAACCGAGAGACACAGACAGACAGACAGACAGACAGAGAGAGAGACAGAGAGCAGAGAGACAGACAGAGAGAUAGACAGACAGACAGAGAGAGAGACAGAGAGAGCGUUCGUGUACUUCUGCGGCAUGCCUGGCUCGUAUCGUUUCUUCCUUACUGGGGGAAUGGCUCCCCGGACUUUUUCCACACCCUGGCGGUGUCCUGCAUGAGCUGGGUGGCCUUGUAGUCCGUGUACUUCAUCGCCUUGAUCAGAUCGCUGUUGGCGGGUUCCUUAGCGGGGAUUUCUUUUUGGUGCCGCUCGUUCCGCUCCUCCUCGGUCUCGGUCUCCUCCUCGGUCUCGUACCCCGGUGAGCUGGCGUCACGGAUGUGAUACUCCCACCCGACGAAGUCGUCCGUAUCGUCGUACUCGACCUCCGGGUCUUCGGGGGAAGAGGGGUCUCCUCUAAAGUAGAAAUCCCCGGCAGCCUUGGGCUGCUUCCUGUACGGCGUCACGGGGGGCUCCUUGCCCUCGUCUUCGUCAUUUUCGUAUUCGCCUUCGUCGUCCGAAUACUCAGCCUCAGUCUCAGUUUCAGUCUCAGUCUCAGUCUCAUUGUCGUAUGGGCCGUCCGUGGGCUGGUUCCAGCUGCAGAGAGCCAGAGAGCCAGACAGCGAGACAGCGAGACAGCGAGACAGACAGACAGCCAAAGGGCAGUCGUGUCGACUUCGCGGUGGGCGAGUCUCUGUCUGUCUUGCCUGUCGUCGAAGAGGGCGCAAGAGUGGUUGGCAGACUGAGAGAGGUGACCGUCCCGCUCAAGCCUGCACACGCAUGAAUCAAUGCAAUUGCAUCGAUGUGGGUGUCUCUCCGACUCACUGGAUGUCGUGUGCAAGAGCCAGGCUGGCCACCACCACCACCACCAGCAGCAGCAGCGGCAGCAGCGGGGCCGCUGAUUUCGCCAUCAGUCCGGGAAGAAGAGAGAGUCAGAGCAACAGUGAGAUCUGGUGGGUGAGGGGUGAGAUGCCUCGAGCGAUGUGGUCCUUAGACACUGCAGAGCAACGCCGUUUCCUCUGAUCAAGCACACAUUCACGUCAGGAUCUCAUGAGGAUUGUCGCACAGGGAGCCCAACGCAAC